AUGUUCCCCACCCACGUGGGACGCCUUGCGAUCUUUGAUGAUUAUCUCUUUUGUGGAGAUGUGGGCUCCGGCUCCUUUGGCAAGGUCAUGCUGGUUCGGCAUAAGAGCACGAAGCAGCUGCGGGCCUGCAAGGUGGUAGCCGUGCAAACUGCUCUGCAGCGGGAGCUCAUGGAUAACGAGAUUCGAUUACUCAAGUCGUUGAACCACCCUCACAUCAUGAAGAUGCACGAAGUCUACUUCGAGCAGGCUUCGGAAAGCGGCCAAGUCGCCAGUGGCAACAUCUACCUGGUGACGGAGCUCUGCGAGGGAGGAGAUCUUUUCUCGCGGAUUCUUCAUCACUACGAGAGGUUGAAGCAGCCCAUGACGGAGAGCCAUGUGGCAUUCAUGAUGCAGCAGAUCCUGUCAGCGACGAAAUAUUGUCACGACAAGGGGAUCAUCCAUCGCGACAUCAAGCCGGAGAACAUCCUUUUCGUUGAUCGGAGCGCUAGCUCUCCGCUCAAGAUAAUCGACUUCGGUCUCGCGAACUUCCACGAGAAGAUACGAGAGCAGGCGAAGGAGGUGAAGGUCGCCCGGUCCGGAACAAUGGGGCGAUUGGCGCGCAUGCUGCCAUCCGUGAACGGCCGACAUUUGAUUCCUUGGCAUGAACGGAAGCGCGUCAUGCAGAAGGCCGGUACGCCGCACUACAUGGCGCCGGAGAUGAUCGAGGGGUCUUACGAUCACAAGGCCGACCUUUUUAGUAUUGGAAUCAUUCUCUGUCAGCUUUUCACCGGUUGGCAUCCUUUUUACACGCCAGGCGAUGAUGAAACGGCCGUUCGCGCCAAGAUCUCCAACCCGGAUCCGGUCCAGUUUCCGACUGAGAUCUGGGCACAAGUCUCCCAUGCAGCUUGUGACCUGUGCAGGAAGUUGCUGGAGAAGCAGAGUAGCAAGAGGCUUUCGGCAGCACAGGCCUUGGCCCACGAAUGGUUUCGGGACCCAUCGAAGCCCUCGCCCUUUGGAAAUGUGGAGGGCCUGAGUGUUUCAAUCUUCGACGGCCUGAAGCAGUACCAGGCUUACAACAAGCUGAAGCGGGCCGUUCUCCAGCUGCUAACUCGAGAGCUGAGUGAGUUCCAGAUCCAGGAGCUGAGGGCCAAGUUCAUGGCCCUGGACACCCAUGGAGAUGGGCUUCUCUCUCCUGAGGAGUUAGUCGAAGGAAUGCGGCAUGUCGGUUACGAGAUGAGCGAAAAGGAGCUGGAGCAGGUGAUGGCUGCUCUGGACGGCAGCGGCAGCCAGCGCAUCGGCUACAAGGAGUUCAUCUCUGCGCUGAUCGAGCGACGGGUGAAGUUCGACCGACAACAGCUUUUCGAGUGCUUCAAGAAGUUCGACAAGCAAGGCAUCGGACGAAUCACGUACCAGGCACCCGUGUUUCGGAUGUGUCUGAACCUCUCACCCGCAGCUGCCAAAUACGGAAACCUGAACGUCUACGCGCGAAGCCUAGCUUUCGGCCUUGGAUUCCGUGUCGAGACUUGGGAGUUCGUGGUUCCAUGGCUUGAGAGGUUAGAGGGACUUUGCCUUCUCUGGUUGAUCGUAUUUACCAUGUUACCCAUGAAAUUUCAAGCGAAACCCACCACGAAAACAACAUUACAAGCAAUCUCCAAACGAUGA